AUGGGGUCCGGAGCAGUGCUGAUCGAUCGGAAUGAUUAUGAGAAGAAGAUGGAAAGUGUUCUUCAUGAUCCCAGCAAGUUUGUACUCGAAGAUGACUGUGAAGACCCUAAAGAACUAGAACAACAGAUAUCGACAGCAGUACAGUUUCUACUAGAAGGACACUUCAUCGAUGAAAGCACAGCUCACCAUCUGAAGCCAAAAGGAACUCGAAGUGCACAACUGUAUGGUUUACCGAAACUAAACAAACCCGGAGUGCCACUUGGACCAAUACUACUACUAUCUAUGACAAAUUCACCACAACACGAAUUGGCCAAAUGGCUGGAGAAAUUGCUUGAGCCAGUUCAUAAAUCAAUGGUCAGACACACUAUAAAAAAGACAGUUUCGAAGUGGUAA